AUGAUAGCAAAGAAUUCAAAGGAUUUGAGGAAUAUUGUUGAAGAUCCGUGGAAGAAAGGUGUACGGGAGAAGUAUUUUUUGAGGCUUUUAGACACUACAAUAAUUGAUGUUCCCGGCGAGGAUGAAGCUUCUUGGAUUGACUUAUACUAUCGACUUUUUCACGAAAGACUACUUUUUUUAGGUAAAGAGGUUAGCAGUGAAAUAUCAAAUCAACUCGUCGGUAUAAUGGUAUAUCUAAGUUUAGAGAACAAGAACAAAAAUUUGUAUAUGUUUAUAAAUUCUCCAGGCGGAGGGAUUCUAUCUGGAAUGGUAAUUUUUGAUGUUAUGCAAUUUGUAGAAGCAGAAGUACAUACAGUAUGCGUAGGAUUAGCCGCUUCAAUGGGAUCUCUUAUUUUGUUAGGAGGAGAAAUUACCAAACGUCUAGCAUUCCCUCAUGCUUGGGUAAUGCUGCAUCAACCUGCUAGUUCUUUUUAUGAGGGAAACACGGGAGAAUCUAUGAUGGAAGUGACGGAAAUAAUGAAAAUGCAAACAACUAUGAUAAAUAUUUAUUGCCAAAGAACAGACAAACCUUCCUGGCAGAUAUAUAAAGACAUGGAAAGGGAUUUUUUUAUGUCAGCAGAAGAAGCCCAAGCCUACGGAAUAAUUGAUACAAUAGCGGAUUCUUUGUAA